CCAAGGCACUUCGCAGUCCUCCACUAAACCCUAACCAAUAGUGGCGGCGAUGGGUUGUCCUCAUCAAAUCCCAUCGUCCGCUCAUGAACUUCAAACCCAAAAUCAUUAGUCCCCGUCUCUCUUCUCUCAACUCCUGUUUUUUCAUUUCGAAAAUUCUCAUGGCUCAAACCCUGACCCGGACUCUCCAUUCGGAUCCGCCACAAGACAGUGAGGACGUCCUCUGCUCCGACAAUGCCCAGCAACAGGAGCAAGAAUCUUCUUUGUCUGAUACGUCGUCGUUUAUUUUGGGGUCGCCGAGUCGGUGCCUGACCGGAGAGGCCUGUAUAGAGAGAGCAUGGGCCCAUUGGGCCAAACUAGGCCGGCCCAAGUUGAUCGUUGCCCCGAUGGUUGACAAUUCGGAGCUCCCGUUUCGAAUGCUCUGUAGAAAGUACGGUGCUGAGGCUGCGUAUACGCCCAUGCUGCAUUCACGAAUUUUUACUGAGACUGAAAAGUACAGAAAUCAAGAAUUCACCACUUGUAAGGAGGAUCGCCCAUUGUUUGUUCAAUUUUGUGCCAAUGAUCCAGACACAUUAUUGGAUGCUGCACGGAGAGUGGAACCUUUCUGUGAUUAUGUUGACAUCAAUUUAGGUUGUCCUCAGCGUAUUGCUAGGCGAGGUAAUUAUGGAGCUUUCUUAAUGGACAACCUUCCUCUGGUAAAGUCGCUAGUAGAAAAAUUGGCUCAGAACCUUCAAGUCCCUGUCUCAUGCAAGAUUAGAGUAUUUCGUAAUUUACAAGAUACUAUCAAUUACGCUAAGAUGCUUGAGGAUGCUGGGUGCUCUCUGUUAGCUGUCCAUGGCCGAACAAGGGAUGAGAAAGAUGGGAAAAAAAUCAGAGCUGACUGGAAUGCCAUAAAAGCUGUUAAAAAUGCUCUUAGAAUCCCUGUCCUUGCCAAUGGGAAUGUACGGCACAUGGAUGAUGUGCAGAAUUGUUUGCAAGAGACUGGUUGUGAUGGGGUGCUUUCAGCCGAGUCUCUCCUCGAGAAUCCUGCUCUUUUUGCUGGAUUUCGAACUGCUGAAUGCACAGUGGGAUGUGAAGAAAGCCAUAAAGAUGGAAAUCUUGAUCAAGCAGAACUAUUGGUGGAGUAUUUGAAGCUUUGUGAAAAAUACCCCGUUCCUUGGAGAAUGAUCCGUUCUCAUGUACACAAAUUGAUGGGGGAAUGGUUCAGGAUUCAGCCCAGUGUCAGAGAGGAUCUAAAUGCGCAAUCCAUACUGACCUUUGAAUUUCUUUACGGUAUUGUAGAUCGACUGAGGGAGCUGGGUGUAAGAAUUCCACUUUAUCAGAAGGAUACUCAUGUGGGUAAAAUUUCAGCUGAUGGUUUGGCCUCGUGAACACACCAUGCAAGUAGUAAAAACAAGUUGCAGGUGCCCCCAGUCUUUGUUUUCUGGCAAAGACCACAACGGGUUUGUUGCCAACUCUCAGAUUUUUUUGGUUCAUGAAAUAUAUAUAUAUAUUUUUUUAAAAUUACAAUUGUCAAAGUGAUUUGAUUAUACUAACUGACAUAUCCAGUAAACAAAAGUAAGAAUGAUCAAAGAAGGCUUUGUGGUAGUUGUACUAGAUUUGUUGUAUUAGUUAGAUAUUGUUGUAUUAUCAUCAUUAAGAUACAUAUGUAUCAAUUUUGAAGGUAAUAAUUCUUGUCCAGAGCAAAAAAUUACUCUGAUUAAAUGAUUUUUUGUUUUGUCUUUUAUAAAUGUAAUA